GCUCACAAUGGAAUAAUUGUAGCUAUUACCCAGAAUGCAACACAAAUCGUCACCGGAACGCAAAUCUUUCGCAAUAUUUUUGUGAUUUUCUGAAUAUUUAGCGCAAGUUUGCAGUAUAUCUGUAUCUCAUCAACAACUGACGAACUAGUAUAUAAUCCUCAGCAUUUGUAACAAAGCAUCAUCAACGAUGGACUUCGAUGAUGACCCAUCCCUUCAUCGUUUGGAGGGUUCCGAUGGCAAGGAGGUCGGAGGCCUCAUCAUCAAAAAAGGUCCUUCCACAACAGAUGACAAACACACCUUCAAAGCACCCGCACCCAGGACUUCACUUCUAGGCCUAGACAAGUUAGCGGCUCAGAAGAGAAAGGAGAAGGAGGAGAGUGAAGAAGGGAAGACACCGAAGAGAUCAAAGGCAUCGUCUUAUAAUGAUGACUGGGACGAGGAAGAUAUAGAAGACGAAAAAGAGGACAGGCAAAGUUUUGGCUCAAGAAAAGAUAGACAUUAUCGUCCAGCUAGAGUGGAGACCCCCUCCCAUCCUGGGGGUGUCAGUGAAGAAGUGAGAGAAAAACUGCAGAAAAGACAGAAAGAAAGGGAAGACAGAAAACAUGGGGUCUACGCUUCAUCCAAGGAAGAAAAGGAAAGAAGAAGAGAUCGGGAUAGAGACAGAGACAGAGACAAAGAUAGGAAUAGAGAUAGAUAUAGGGGUGAUCGAGACAGGAGAUCAGAGAGAGGGUCAGAACGAAGUCGGAGAGACUGGUCUGAGCGGAGCAGCAAGAGUUGGAAAGAUGAACCUGGUACUCCCAGAUACAGACCAAAAGGUGCAGAAACACCAUCUAGGUCCAACUGGGAAGACGAUGAAGACCUCAGGUCAACGCCAUCAAGAAACUCAUCCUGGGACCUGCCCACCCCGUCCACGGGAUCACGGGACGGCGACCGUAGCGUACGCAGCGAGCGCAGCCACAGGUCCACUAGGGAUGGUGAUUAUAGUGAGAGAAGAAAAGCUCCCAACAAAAAGUCAGUAGAUGAGACGCCACUCUUCACCCCUACACACAAGUACAAUGACUGGGCUGAUGACAGGAGACACAUCGGCAUUACUCCAAGAAUAUCUAAAGGAAGAGGAGAGGGCAAAAAUGAAGAAGAAAUUUCCUUUGCAUCAGAGGAAGAGCGCAUGCAGUGGAUAGAAGAGCAAAGGCAACUAGACCGUGACUGGUACGGCAUGGAUGAAGGUUAUGAUGAGCAGAACAACCCCCUGUCAGGCAUGUCUGAGGAGUAUGUCAAGAAGAAGGAAGAGAAGAUUGCCAAGCAGGUGGUGAAGAGGAUAUCAGCACAGAAGAAACAAAUCAAUGAGGACAAUGAAAGAUGGGAGAUGUCCCGCAUGUUGCGGAGUGGUGUGGUACAACGUACCGAGUUUGACGAGGACUUUGAGGAGGAGAGUCAGCGCAAGGUUCAUCUGUUGGUCCACAACAUCGUGCCACCUUUCCUGGACGGACGGAUGGUCUUCACCAAACAGCCUGAGCCAGUUAUACCUGUCAAGGAUGCGACCUCUGACCUGGCCAUCAUUGCGAGGAAGGGCAGCAUGACGGUGAGGAAGCAUCGAGAACAGAAGGAACGAAAGAAGGCCCAGAAGAAGGAGUGGGAACUGGCUGGAACCAAGAUGGGAGACAUCAUGGGAGUAAAGAAAGAGGAAGAAAAGGACACAGCAGGGCCAGAGGGAAAUGUUGACUACAAGCACAACCAGACCUUCGCAGAUCACAUGCAAGACAAGUCUGAGGCCACCAGUGAGUUUGCCAAGAGGAAAUCCAUGAAGGAACAGAGACAGUUCCUGCCUAUCUUUGCUGUGCGAGAAGAGCUCCUUAACAUCCUAAGAGACAACCAGAUUGUAGUUAUUGUUGGUGAAACCGGUUCUGGCAAGACUACUCAACUAACACAGUUCCUACAUGAGGAUGGGUACAGUACCUAUGGCAUGAUCGGCUGUACCCAACCCCGUCGUGUGGCUGCCAUGUCUGUAGCUAAGAGAGUCAGUGAAGAAAUGGACCACAAGCUCGGGGAAAAGGUCGGAUAUGCCAUCAGAUUUGAAGACGUCACAUCAGAGAAAACAUUCAUCAAGUACAUGACCGACGGUAUCCUGCUGCGAGAGUCCCUGCGUGAGUCCGACCUGGACCACUACAGCGCUAUCAUCAUGGACGAGGCUCACGAACGGUCACUCAACACGGACGUGCUCUUUGGUCUACUGAGAGAGGUUGUGGCUCGACGAACAGACUUGAAGCUGAUUGUUACAUCAGCCACAAUGGAUGCUGACAAGUUUGCUUCCUUCUUUGGCAAUGUACCAACCUUUCAGAUCCCAGGCAGAACCUUCCCAGUGGACCUCCUGUUCAGUAAGAAUGUAGUAGAAGACUAUGUGGAUGCUGCCGUGAAACAAGCUCUACAGAUCCACCUGCAGCCCAUGCAAGGUGACAUUCUGAUCUUCAUGCCUGGACAGGAAGAUAUUGAAGUAACCUGUGACCAGAUACAAGAACGGCUGGAUGAGAUUGAGAAUGCUCCACAGCUUGCCAUCCUACCCAUCUACUCCCAGUUACCCUCCGACCUCCAGGCUAAGAUCUUCCAGAAGGCCCCUGAUGGUGUGAGGAAGUGUAUUGUAGCUACCAACAUUGCUGAGACCUCACUAACAGUUGAUGGCAUCAUGUUUGUGGUGGAUGCCGGCUACUGCAAACUGAAGGUGUUCAACCCCAGGAUCGGUAUGGAUGCCCUGCAGAUCUACCCCAUCAGCCAGGCCAAUGCUAACCAGAGAUCAGGUCGUGCAGGCAGAACAGGAGCGGGCACCUGUUACCGACUGUACACACAGAGCGCCUACAAGAAUGAGAUGUUGAUCUCCACCGUGCCGGAGAUCCAGCGCACCAACCUGGCCAACGUGGUCCUCCUGCUCAAGUCCCUGGGUGUGCAGGACCUUCUGCAGUUCCACUUCAUGGACCCACCCCCAGAGGACAACAUGCUCAACUCCAUGUACCAGCUGUGGAUCCUGGGAGCCCUGGACAACACGGGGUCGUUGACCCCACUGGGGAGGCACAUGGUGGAGUUCCCGUUGGACCCCGCCCUGUCCAAAAUGCUGAUCGUGUCAUGUGACAUGGGCUGUUCUGCUGAGAUCUUGAUUAUUGUGUCCAUGCUGUCCGUGCCAGCGAUCUUCUACCGACCAAAGGGUCGUGAGGAGGACAGCGAUGCUGCCAGGGAGAAGUUUGCUGUCCCGGAGAGUGACCAUCUGACACUGUUAAACGUCUAUCAGCAAUGGAAACAGCACAACUAUUCCUCCAUCUGGGCCAAUGAGCACUUCAUCCAUGUGAAGGCUAUGAGAAAGGUGCGGGAGGUUCGUCAGCAGCUGAAGGAUAUUAUGGACCAGCAGAAGAUGGAUAUCCUGUCCUGUGGGAACAGCUGGGACAUCAUCAGGAAGUGUAUCUGUUCUUCUUACUUCCACCAGGCUGCAAAACUCAAGGGUAUAGGAGAGUAUGUGAACAUCAGGACAGGUAUGCCCUGUCACCUGCACCCCACCUCUGCACUGUUUGGUAUGGGCUUCAACCCUGACUACAUUGUCUACCAUGAACUGGUCAUGACUACCAAGGAGUACAUGCAGUGUGUGACAGCUGUGGAUGGGGAGUGGCUGGCUGAGCUGGGUCCCAUGUUCUACAGCAUCAAGGAAUCUACCAAGUCACGAGCUGAGAAGAGAGUGAAAGCUCGUGAGGAGCUGUCAGCCAUGGAGAGGGAGAUGGUGCUAGCUGAUGAACAGCUCAGGAGGCAGAAGGAGGAGCAGAAGAACAAGAGCAAGGAGGGCAGUGUGAGGACUACAAUCCUCACCCCAGGGAGAAGAGAGCCUGGAACCCCCUUCACACCCAGGAGAAACCAGUCAGGAUUUGGGCUGUAGUUUUACAUUGUAGAAAGAUCCAGACAUUGAACCCAAUUUUAGCAAUUGUGUUUUCUUUAGAAAUGUCAAUAUCUAUAGAUUUGGUUAAUCUACUGAGGACAAUUAUUAUGAU